AUGGGUGAAGCAGAGAAAAUAGGAACAAGAAAACCUCGUGCUAGAGAUCUCUGUAUUCCAUUUGACGGUACACCUGGCAAAUAUAAUGCAAUAACAGAUGUCGGCGGUGUUGAAGUUGGUUUUAGCACAAUUAUCCAAGGCGAUUCUGUUCGAACGGGUGUCACUUCUAUAUUUCCGCGUGGAACAGAUUUGACUAUUUAUCAACCUCCUUGUUUUGCAAAUUGGUUUAGUUUGAAUGGAAAUGGUGAAAUGACUGGUAUACAUUGGUUGACAGAAUCUGGUUUUCUUACAAGCCCAAUUUUAAUUACAAGUACAAACAAUGUUGGAAUUUGCCGAGAUUCUAUGAUAAAAUGGUUUCUAAUAAAAUCUGAUUCAAAUUCAAUGAUUAAUAUGGUUGAUGUGGGUUUACCCAUUGCUGCUGAAACGUGGGAUGGAUAUUUGAAUGAUGCUUAUGGAUUUCAUGUGAAAGAAGAACAUGUAUUUGAGGCAUUGGAAAAUGCUAAAGUAUCUGGUCCAUUCGUUCAAGAGGGAAAUGUAGGUGGUGGAACAGGUAUGAGAAGUUUUGAUUUUAAAGCUGGAACGGGAACAAGUUCAAGAAUAGUCGAAGAUCUAAAUUACACAGUGGGAGUUUUAGUACAAGCAAAUUUCGGAUCGAAGAAACUAUUGACUAUUGCGGGUGUUCCUGUCGGCAAAGAACUAUUACAAAUAGAGACGAAUAAUACUGUUCAAAAUAAAGGUGCUGGAUCGAUUAUCGUUAUCUUAGCCACAGAUGCUCCACUUCUACCACAUCAAUUAAAACGUUGUAUAUCUUCAAAUUUUACAACAUAUAUUGCAGAGAAAAAACUUCAGAACUAG